AUGCCUGAACGUUUAAAUAAAAAGAAGAUAAUUCAACAAGAAUUUGGAGGAACUACUAGACCUGCUGUUAGUGUGGGUAGUGUGCAAGAUACUUCUAAGCCCAAAUGCAGAUAUUGUGGGAAAUACCACCCUGGUGAGUGUAGAAGUAAAGUGGGGGCUUGUUACAAAUGUGGAGCAACUGAUCAUUUUAUCCGGAAUUGUCCUCAACUGCAAAAAGAGGAUAAAGAGCAUAAAGAAAAGCAAUUGGCUACUUCUCAAAGAAGUAGACAUUCGGGCCCAAAUAGUGCCAUUGGGACUGCUCGUUCGAGUGUAAAAGAUACUACUACUUGGUCAGAGGCUAGAGCACCUGCGCGUACCUAUGCCAUUCAAAGAGAAGAGGACGCCACUGUUCUAGAUGUGAUUGCUGGUACAUUCUAUCUUUUUGAUGUUACUGUGUAUGUAUUGAUUGACCCUAGGUUCACUCAUUCUUAUAUUUGCAUUGCAUUAGUAGCAGAAAAGAAGUUACCUGUUGAAUCUACUGAUUAUGAUAUUCAAGUUACUAAUCCAUUAGGUCAAAGUGAAUUGCCAGGUUUACCACCUGAUCGUGAAGUUGAGUUUGUAAUUGAUGUGAUUCCUGGAACUGCUUCGAUAUCAGUAACACCAUAUUGUAUGACACCAGCUGAACUAAAGGAAUUAAAGGCACAGUUGCAAGAGUUAUUGGACUGA